AAUAAUAAUAAUAAUAAUAAUAAUAAUAAUAAUAAUAAUAAUAAUAAUAAUAAUAAUAAUAAUAAUAAUAAUAAUAAUAAUAAUAAUAAUAAUAAUAAUAAUAAUAAUAAUAAUAAUAAUAAUAAUAAUAAUAAUAAUAAUAAUAAUAAUAAUAAUAAUAAUAAUAAUAAUAAUAAUAAUAAUAAUAAUAAUAAUAAUAAUAAUAAUAAUAAUAAUAAUAAUAAUAAUAAUAAUAAUAAUAAUAAUAAUAAUAAUAAUAAUAAUAAUAAUAAUAAUAAUAAUAAUAAUAAUAAUAAUAAUAAUAAUAAUAAUAAUAAUAAUAAAAAUAAUAAUAAUAAUAAUAAUAAUAAUAAUAAUAAUAAUAAUAAUAAUAAUAAUAAUAAUAAUAAUAAUAAUAAUAAUAAUAAUAAUAAUAAUAAUAAUAAUAAUAAUAAUAAUAAUAAUAAUAAUAAUAAUAAUAAUAAUAAUAAUAAUAAUAAUAAUAAUAAUAAUAAUAAUAAUAAUAAUAAUAAUAAUAAUAAUAAUAAUAAUAAUAAUAAUAAUAAUAAUAAUAAUAAUAAUAAUAAUAAUAAUAAUAAUAAUAAU